AUGCCUUCCCACCCUGCUCUAUCAGACGCAACUCUCUCAGAAGUUGCUUACAAGCUACGGUACGCCAACGCGCGUUACAGCCAGAUCGCUUUCGAACUGCGCUGUCGCUUAAAGUUCACGCGCACACAUCACGCACAGCGCCACGCCUUCUGGUCUGGCUUGCGCGUUGAUAUAGCAAAGGCUAAGGGUUGUCCUAUGACUGCUAUUUCGGUCAGGCCCCUUCCUAUCCUCGACACCACUCGGAGUCCCUCGCCGAUCACGCUUCCCUUGUAUAUGCCUGCUGCCGAAGCCCACAACAAACUUGGCUUGGACAUUCCAGACAUCGUCGUAUCGUCGCCCGACGCCUACGCUCAGCCCCGUGAGCGCCUGAUCAUUCGGAUUCCACCGCUUGCUAGCCUGUACAACGAUGUAUACCGCCAUGAGCAGUAUGGAAUGCCUGUUCCGGGUGCGCCACGCAUGCGGACAAGGGAACUACCUGAGGAAUGCGAGAUGGAAGAUAUGUGCUCUUCACGUUCAUCUUCUUCCGCGUUUUCUCCUUCUCCCUUGACACCCAUCGACGUUGUUCACUCUGGCCUUCGUAUCAGAAUUCCGACCAGGAAGCGUAAGAUCGAAGAGACUGACGACGAAGAUUCCUGUCCCGAUAGCUCGGACAUUCAUUUUCCCAAGAGGCACAUGAGAAGGCGUUGGGCUCGUACGCAGACUACUGACGACCGAAUUUAUUGGUCUUCUCCUCGGUCAUAA